CCACGUGACCUCGCGGCCCAGAUCGCGAUCGCGGCGGCGGGGGCAAGUCGGACUCGGAGCGUGGAGUCCCCAGCGAGCGGUGGCGGUCCCUGCGCCCGCCCGGCGCGCUCACCUCCAAGAUGCAUUUCAUCUUCUCCAAUGAGGUGGUGCUUCUGUUUGAUUUCUGGAGUGUCCACAGUCCUGCAGGCAUGGCCCUUUCGGUAGUGGUGGUCCUGCUCCUGGCUGUGUUGUAUGAAAGCAUCAAGGUUGGCAAAGCCAAGCUGCUCUACCAGGCCGCAGUGAGCCUGUCCAUCCCCACCAGCCAGCUCACUGAGGAGACAGACCAGGAUUCUUCUGGCUCAGACUCACCCCCGGUCAGCAGAACCCGCCUCAGGUGGUUUUUCUGUCACUUCGGCCAGUCUCUAAUCCACGUUGUUCAGGUGGUCAUAGGCUACUUCAUGAUGCUGGCCGUCAUGUCGUACAACACGUGGAUCUUCUUCGGCGUGAUCCUUGGCUCUGCUGUGGGCUACUACCUGGCCUACCCGCUCCUCAGCAUGGUUUAGCUGGUGAGGGCUCUGCAGGCACCGGGGGCCGGAGCGAGCUGCGGCUCCCUCCUUGCAGACACCGAGCUUCCAGCCCUGUGUCUCCCGUGUCUUCUGAUGGCUGUUCCUCGCCACGCUCCCAGCUCCUGGACACGUCCUGCCGAAGCCAGCACUUGCUGCCCAGAGUUCAGAGGUCCCUGAAGCUACCUCUGCCCUCAGCCAGCCUGGACGGGGCCCGGGCUGGGCGUUUUGUGCCUUCAUAAGGCUGCUGUGACCUGAGGGAGAAUGAAGAGACCAGAACCUGGGGGCAGAGUUGCUGAGCCCAUGAGGACUUACCUGACUCAAGAUUAAGAAUUUCCAAAGAUCUUCAAGACAGGGAGAGGGGUUCUGGGUGAUGAAGGCCACGGAAGCUGCAUACCUUCUGCCCUCAUGAUUUGUGCCUUAUAAAGAGGAGCACCUACAACCGGACUUCCUGACCCCUUCUGUAUUUGAGGGACGGAGUCCGAGAUUGCUCCUUUGUCUCACCUUUCUGCCUCUGGGGCACAUAAAGAUGGUCUGUUCUGCGGAUCACGGUGACAAACUGAGAUUUUUCAUUUUUUCCCACUAAACUCCUGGUUCGCAGUUUUGCACAUGAAUCCAAAAUUUUCAGCGAAGUGACUUCAUCAGAUUUCCUGAUGGAUAUAGCAGCAUCUGCUAGGAACUGUUUCUCUUUCUUGUGGGGCAUGACAGCAGAUUCAAGGCCGAGAAGUGAGACUCUUCUCAAGGCUCCUGACCUAUCGGCUGCAUGGUGAGCUGCUCCCAUCAGACAGCACUGCCUGCGGGAGGAAGGCAGUCUAAUGGCUUGAGGGGCCCGGGGUGCUUCUCAGGACCCCAGUGCUCCCUUCCUGCUCCUGCUUUGAUGCAGAACAGAGAACUACACUGAAUAUUCAGUAUUUCGUGUUCUCUAGUUCGAACUUACUGCUCACCCAUCACAUCUGGUGGGCAAACACGGUUAAGCCACAGGGAGUGUCGGCUGACGAUGCAGGAAGCAGUCAAACCAAAGCGUUACACGUAGAGUUAGGUGAGACUUUCCAGACGGUUCACUUGACAGAGAAGCAAACAUGAGACCCAGGGAGGGAACAUCAGGGCUGGAUACUGGAAUGUCUAUGCUCAAGUACCUCAAGGGCUAGAGGAAAGACAGUUUUAAGCUUCAGGAAUUAAAAAAGAAAUAGAUGUUUUAAUAAAUACUAUUUUUAAAGUCUG